CGAUGCAGUUGACUACGCGGUGAAAAUAACGUGGCGCGUGUUUCCAGCGCACCUGCGCCUGUGACUCGUAACACUCGCGCAUCGAGGACACCUUUUGUCUCUAUUAGAAGCGUCGAGUGUUCUAGGAACCCGCGUCACUCCUUAUCCCUUGGCUUCGUACGCGAACCAAGUAGAACCGUCUGACACGCAACGACUUAUCUGUCCUCUACCUAUCUCUGUCGGUGCCCGAGAAGACGCGCACGAGGACAUCAACUGCCGUCCCCAUAUCCCCUCCUCCCCCUUCUGGAAUCACCCUCUGCGUAUCAUAUCGCAUAUCCGUCGACGGUCACGAUAAAGGACGCGAUCACGGUCGCUUACCACGGGUUCGAACGUGGUGUCACGGAACUUCCUCGUUCCCCCGUAUUCCCCGCGAACUCUCCCUGUUCCCCUUUCCCACCGUACGUCCCGAAAGCGCGCGUCAUUUGAAACGCGUCGAAGCAACCAUCGGACCUCUUCUAAUUAUUUCCACGGAUUCUCGUUCCUAUUCGUAACCACCAUACAAAUCUUCAAACUCCUCGCGGAAACUAUCACGUUAUGGAACCGACAGCACUAUCGAGACGAUUCCACCAGUAAACACGGAACCCACCCAAUUGAACCGGUGUAAAUUCAUCACAGGACCUUCCAGCGGGUGGUACAACAAGAGAAAUAAAAUUAUCGACGAAUAGUGUUCCCUUUGUCUCGGCACGGAUGCUCUUAGUCGCACGGUGAGGAGAAUAAAGGGAGAAACCGGGGAAAACAAAGUAAGAAGGAAACGAGAUCAACGGAUUGUGUGUCAGUGUCACGUGCGUGUCUCCGGUGUGGGGGGGCCGACCGCGAGAUCCGUAGUAAAUCAGUGUUCCAACGGGAAAGGUGACGAAACAGUGUCGGAAAAUAUAUAAUCGAAACGGGACGAACGAGCAGGGGAGGAAGAGAGGCGUGUCCCGGGUUCCCUGGAGCAGCGGGGACCUUGGCGGUGGCGGUGGCGGUGAAUCAAGGAAAGGGUUGAGGAGAGGGUGGCCCCUAGGGAGAGAGGAGAGUUUUGAUGGCAGUGGUUGGGCCCAGCCGGCACUCGCGGGUGUCCAUGAGCGUGUCCAUGUCGCUGAUGCAGGGGGGUGGGGCGGGGGCGACAGGCGGCGGCGGGACAACGGGGGCCCAUCCGGGGCAAGCGGUCCUAGCUGCUGCGGCCCAGGCACCCCCCACUUACUACCACCCCGCUGCUCCUGCGCCCCCGCCACCGCCGCCAGCCCAGGAUCCCGUUCAGCCCGACAGACCCAUCGGGUAUGGUGCCUUCGGCGUCGUCUGGGCGGUCACGGAUCCGAGGGACGGUAGGAGAGUGGCCUUGAAGAAACUGCCGAACGUCUUUCUAAGCCUCGUGAGCAGCAAACGAGUCUUCAGGGAGCUGAAGAUGCUCUGCUUCUUCAAACACGAAAACGUCCUCUCGGCGCUGGACAUCCUGCAGCCACCGCACCUGGACUUCUUCCAAGAAAUUUAUGUGAUCACCGAGCUGCUACAGAGCGAUCUACACAAGAUCAUCGUCAGGUUGAAGUACCUUCACUCGGCCAGGAUCCUGCACAGGGACAUCAAGCCGGGGAAUUUACUGGUGAACAGCAAUUGCGUACUUAAGAUCUGCGACUUCGGUCUGGCCCGUGUGGAGGAGCCAGACCAGAACAAACACAUGACCCAGGAAGUGGUGACGCAGUAUUAUCGUGCACCGGAAAUCCUGAUGGGAGCGCGACACUACACCGCAGCCGUGGACGUAUGGAGUGUCGGUUGCAUUUUCGGGGAGCUCCUUCGUCGGCGGAUACUCUUCCAGGCGCAGAGUCCUGUGCAACAGCUGGAGCUGAUCACGGAAUUGCUGGGCACACCAACCCUCGAGGACAUGAGGUACGCGUGCGAGGGUGCGAGAUCCCACAUGCUGAGGCGCGCACCGAAGCCACCCUCGCUGACGGCCCUCUACACCCUCAGCAGCCAGGCGACGCACGAGGCCGUCCAUUUGCUCUGCCAAAUGCUAGUCUUCGAUCCCGACAAGAGGAUCACCGUGGUGGACGCAUUGGCGCAUCCUUACCUGGACGAAGGAAGGCUCAGAUAUCACUCGUGCAUGUGUACGUGCUGUUACACGACCAGCGCCGGGAUGAGACAGUACACGGUGGAGUUCGAGCCGGCCACGUCGCAUCCGUUCGACGAUCUCUGGGAGCGGAAACUGACCACCGUGCAGCAGGUGAAAGAGGAAAUGCACAAAUUUAUAGCGGAACAGCUGAACACGUCGCGCGUCCCGCUCUGCAUAAAUCCGCAGUCCGCGGCGUUCAAGAGCUUCGCAAGCUCCACGGUGGCUCAUCCCUCGGAAUUGCCACCCUCUCCUCACCAAUGGGAAUAAAAGUGCUCGUCCGAAAUCCGCGAACACGGCCGACACCCGCAUAUGUAUAUUCGCUUCAUGUGAAGAGCGAGAACUUAAAGGAUUUUCUGCAUGCCUGAAGAGAGAGAGAGUGAGAGAGAGAGAGAGAGAGAGAGAGAGAGAGAGA